GCUUUUAUAGCCCGAAAAACAAGCCAAACUAGACAACACAGACAUUUUACUGUGCAGUUUUUGGAAGAAAUUUGGACGGUGAACUUUGGAAUUUCGGCUGCAAAAUGCGCGCACGAUUAAUCGACGCUUUGUUUUACGCGUGUGCGCAUCUGUGCUUGUUGGGCUGCAUGUUGCCAAACGCGCGGUGCCAGCGCGGCCCGGAAUCCAGACCAGCCGCAGCGGGUGGACGCGCGGCACCAGGGCCUCUCCGGAGAACCAUCCAGUGGCAGCACGACGGCCGACUCUUCAGCAUCCUGAGCCAGGGCGCGCAGUACGUGCCACCGGUGCGGAGAAGCGGAGGCGGAGAGCAGCAGCAGCCGAGGCAUCAGUCCCCGGUAGCCGUGGUCAGCAGCGGGCUUGUGAGAGAUAACGCGGCCCAUGCACCCUCAGGAACCGGACAGAGCGCCGGAACAGGCCGUGCACCACCACCACCACCACGCUCUGGAUCCCGCCGGUUACCCAUCAGGCGCCCCGGUGCGUCCCGGAGCCGCGCAAACCAAACCGAGAGCGCAAAUCCGGGUCCGUCUCCACCGCCGCCGAGAGCGCGGGAGGACGGCAUGAUCGGAGACGAUCCGUACAACCCGUACAAGUACAGCGAUCCAGAAAACCCAUACUACAACUACUACGACGCGUACGAACAGCCCCGACCGCGACAAAGACCAGGAUACGGAACAGGGUACCAUCAGAAUGGUUUGCCGGACCUGGUGGCCGAUCCGUACUACAUCCAGGCCUCCAUCUACGUGCAGAGGGUUCCCAUGUACAACCUCAGAUGUGCUGCUGAGGAAAACUGCCUCGCAAGCUCGGCGUAUCGCUCCAGCGUGAGAGAUUACGACACUCGGAUGCUGCUGCGCUUCCCACAGCGGGUGAAGAACCAGGGAACGUCCGACUUCCUGCCCAGCCGACCGCGCUAUGCCUGGGAGUGGCACAGCUGCCAUCAGCACUACCACAGCAUGGACGAGUUCAGCCAUUACGACCUGCUGGACGCCAGCACUCACAGCCACGUGGCCGAGGGACACAAGGCCAGUUUCUGCCUGGAGGACACGUCCUGCGACUACGGCUACUACAGACGCUUCGCUUGUACCUCUCACACCCAGGGUCUGAGUCCGGGAUGUUACGACACCUACAAUGCCGACAUCGACUGUCAGUGGAUCGACAUCACAGACGUCAAACCUGGAAACUACAUCCUCAAGAUCAGCGUUAAUCCAAGUUACAGCGUUCAGGAGUCGGACUACAGCAACAACAUGGUGCGCUGCGAUAUCCGCUACACCGGCAACUACGCCUACGUGUCAGGAUGUCACGUGUCACCGUAUUAAAGCUCAUUCAGGAUUUUAACGUGAACCGUGGUGAUGGACGGCGUGGGUACCACUCUGCAUCUCAUCUCCUCUCUCCGGUGCUUUCUGACACAUUAUUGUUAAAUGACCUGAUGUUUCUUGUACAAGGUGAAGAUUCUAAUGCUGAACAUGUUUACAAAGAAAAAAAAGGAAAAUCUGGCUGGUUUUUGCUUCAUGUUUGUUAUUUGUGUAUCAGAUAUUUAACUAAAGCUCAUAUUAAAGCAACAUGUGUGUACGCAUCAUGUGAAAAUGACUUGAAUAAAUCAGUUUUUAUUCA